AUGACGGUUUCGCUGCAAGGAUGGGUGCCUCUUGGUUGCUUGGAGGAAGAGAGGAUCGCUCUGUUGCACCUCAAAGAUUCUCUUGGCGAUCCCAAUGGCACCUCCCUUCCCUCCUGGAUAGAAGCUGACGCCGCCUGUUGUUCUUGGGAACGUAUUAACUGCAACAGCAGCACAGGUCGAGUCACCAUGCUCGAUCUUUGGAGCGUAAGGAACUGGGAGAUUGGUACUUAUGAGUUCCAGAAGUUGAGCAAUUUGGAGUUCCUUGACUUGGCAUAUAAUAGCUUCGAUAACGGCUUACUUAAUCCCAAGAACUUGGAAUACUUGGAUUUGAGUUCCAAUACUCUCAACAACAUCUUCCAAGUCAUCGGAACGAUGACCUCUCUUAAAACUUUAAGGUUGCAGAAUUGCAAUCUAAAUGGCCAAUUACCUACAGCCCAAGGCCUAUGUGACUUAAAUCAUCUCAAAGAGCUGUAUAUGUAUGACAAUGAUCUCAGUGGUUUCUUGCCUUCGUGUCUAGCAAAUUUGACUUCCCUUCAACAAUUAGAUCUCUCUUCUAAUCACUUGAAGAUCCCUAUGUCAUUGAGCCCAUUAUACAACCUUUCAAAACUCAAGUCUUUUGAUGGUUCAAGUAAUGACAUAUUCGUAGAAGAAGAUGAUCAUAAUCUGAGCUCAAAGUUCCAGUUAGAGUCCCUCUUUUUGAGUAAUGGUGGACAAAAUACGAGAGCAUUUCUCAAGUUCCUUUACCAUCAGUUCAACCUGCAAUAUGUGGAUCUUACAAACAUCCAAAUAAAGGGAGAGUUUCCAAAUUGGUUGAUUGAGAACAACACAUACCUCAAACGUCUUUCUUUAAAAAACUGUUCUCUUUCAGGUCCAUUCUUGUUGCCAAAGAGUUCCCAUGUGAAUUUGUCAUUCCUAAGUAUAUCCAUGAAUCACUUCCAAGGCCAAAUCCCUUCAGAAAUCGAAGCUCGUUUGCUAGGGUUAGAAGUUUUAUUUAUGUCUGACAAUGGUUUCAAUGGAAGCAUUCCUUUCUCGUUGGGUAACAUUAGCUCGCUGCAAGGGUUAGACCUAUCCAACAACAUUUUGCAAGGGCAGAUCCCUGAAGGGAUAGGGAAUAUGUCUUCUCUUGAAUUCUUGGACUUAUCAGGGAACAAUUUCUCUGGUUGUUUACCAUCUGGAUUCGACACUUCUUCAAAUUUGAGAUAUGUUUAUUUGUCUAGAAAUAAGUUGCAAGGGCCGAUCGCAAUGACAUUUUAUAACUCCUCUGAGAUAUUCGCAUUAGAUCUUCCCCAUAAUAAUUUAACUGGUACAAUUCCAAAAUGGAUUGAUAGGCUAUCUAACUUGAGAUUUCUACUCUUGAGUUCUAACAAUCUUGAAGGUGAAAUCCCAAUUCGAUUAUGUAGGUUGGACCAAUUAAUCGUGAUUGAUCUAUAUCACAAUUAUCUUUCUGGUAACAUCCUCUCUUGGAUGAUAUCUACUCAUCCUUUCCCUAUUCAAUACAAUUCUCAAGAUUCUAUGCUCACAUCACAACAAUCUUUCGAGUUUACAACAAAGAAUGUAUCCCUUCCUUAUAAAGACUUGGUGUUUUGUUGUGUAUUCUAG